AUGACCUCGGGGAGGCCAACCGACGAGGACCCCAUAGUGAAGGCGCUGCAGGAGUACACGACAUGUGAUGUCGCCGACGCCCUGGUCAAGCUCAAGAUCCACAACGGAGGAUUCCUACCUGGCAUCACCAUGUGGUCGCCGCAGCGCCAGGACGGGGACACAAAGAUAGUCGGCCCAGCAUAUACCGUCCAAUAUGCGCCAAAGGACGACGAAAGGCCCAAGUGGCCUAGUCACUACAUUGACUCUGUUCCUGCCGGCGCUGUUGUCUUUGUGUCAUGCACGCCCAACACGUCCAAUGCCCUCUAUGGAGGCUUGAUGUCUACAAGGGCGAAAGCCAGCGGUGCUGUGGGUUCUAUCAUCGAUGGUCGUUUCCGCGAUGUGCAGGAGCAAAGAGCCCUGAACUAUCCAGUAUUCGCUCGUGAUGUGGGCACAACGCCGCCAGCGCCACUAUUCAAGGUCGUUGCCGUUAACGAACCUGUAAAGGUCCGCAAUGACGGCCAAGACAUCAUCAUCAACCCCGGGGAUUACCUGGUUGGCGACGUGAAUGGAGUCGUUGUGCUGCCCAGGGGCCUUGCUGAGCAGGCUCUGCCGCUCAUGGCGAACCAAGUCGAAGCAGACUCCAAGAUGGCCGUCGAGAUCCAGAAAGGCAUGUCGUUCGCCGAGGCGAGCAAACGGUUCAGGUCAUGA